AUGUCUACACAGAAAGCAGUUGUCGUCGUCCAGCAGGGCAAGGAGGGUCUUGUCACUGACCGCCCUAUCCCCCAACUUCGGGAUGACUAUAUGAUAGUCAAGACCGUCAGUGUGGGCUUGAACCCCACCGACUGGAAGCACAUCGCCUUCCUCUCCCCUCCAGGUGUCCUGACAGGAUGUGACUACUCUGGAGUCGUUGAGUCCGUCGGAAAGAACGUGACCAAGAAAUUCGCCAAGGGUGACCGCGUCUGCGGAUUUGCGCACGGCGGUAACGCCGUCCAGCCCGAGGACGGUACCUUCGCCGAGUACAUCGCCGUCAAGGGCAAUUUGCAGUGGAAAAUCCCGGAGCACAUGAGCUUCCAGGAAGCCGCUACUCUCGGUGUGGGUAUCGCCACUAUCGGCCAGGCUCUGUACCAGAGUUUGAAGCUCGCUCUGCCCACAGAGCCCAUCAAGGAUAACACUCCUAUCCUGAUCUACGGUGGUUCCGCCGCGACUGGAACCCUGGCUAUCCAGUUCGCCAAGCUGUCCGGCUACAGGGUCCUGACCACGUGUUCGCCUCGCAACUUCGAUUUGGUCCGCAGCCUUGGAGCCGACGAGGUCUAUGACUACAACAACGCCAAUGCCCCUGCUGAGAUCCGCAAGGCCACCGAUAACAAGCUGAAGCUCGUCUUCGACUGUAUCUCGCUCGAGGCCAGCGCCGCAUUCUGUGACAAUGCCCUGUCCACCGAGGGCGGCGAGUACAGCGCUCUUCUCAACGUUAAAAUCGCGCGUGAGAACGUCAACGACCGUUUCACUUUGGCUUACACCACUCUUGGCGAGGCCUUCGAGUUUGGCAACAUUCCCUUCCCCGCCAAGCCUGAGGACAAUGCUUUCGCUGAGGGGUUCAUUCCCGUUGCCGAGAGCCUGCUAAACCAGGGCAAACUCAAGGUUCACCCUCCCAAGGUUGGCCCCAACGGCUUGGUUGGUGUGAUGGAUGGCUUGAAGCUGCUCAAGGAGGACAAGGUCAGCGGCGAGAAGCUGGUCUAUAACGUCUCCGAGACUCCUUAA